AUGGCUACAAUCAACCUUGGAAACGCUAGUCCGACGGAAGAUAUCAAACAGCACGACAUAAAACACGCGGCUAUCCACAUCCAACCAGUCACUCUCGUUACUCCUACGUUGACGCCUGCUGCGACUCCUGAGGAGGCUUCUCCGGCAGACGAAACAAUGGCGGGCAAGAAGAUAUUCUCCAUGGAGCGGCCGGACGACAAGGCGAGGGAACUCGCGGCGAAGCUGACUCUAGAGGAACAGAUCUCACUACUUGCAGGAGCGGACUUUUGGCGGACUGUAGCCAUACCCGAAAAGGGCAUACCGUCAAUCAAGACAUCAGAUGGACCCAAUGGCGCUCGCGGAGAGUUCUUCACUAACGGCACACCUGCCGCUUUAUUCCCAUGCGGCAUAUCCAUGGCUUCCACGUGGAACUUGGACAUGAUUGAGGAGAUCGGUCGUCACCUCGGAGAGGAAGCAAAGGCUCGUGGCGCCCACGUGUUGCUUGCGCCUACCGUGUGCAUGCACCGGUCGCCUCUUGGUGGUCGCAACUUUGAGUCGUAUUCGGAAGAUCCUUUCCUUACUGGAAAGCUUGCUGCAUCGUAUGUUCGCGGUCUUCAGAGCAAGGGUGUUGCAGCUACGAUCAAACACUUUCUCGGGAACGAGCAAGAAACUGAGCGGCAAGCGUACGAUGCUAUCAUUGCUGAACGGCCAUUGCGUGAGAUCUAUCUGAAGCCCUUCGAGAUAGCUGUUCGAGAUGCAUCCCCCUGGGCGCUCAUGAGCGCUUACAACAUGAUCAAUGGCAUUCACGCGGAUGAGUAUGAGCACUCGAUCAAGGAGAUUCUUCGAGGCGAGUGGAAGUGGAACGGAGCGAUUAUUUCCGACUGGACGGGCACAUAUGCAACUGCACCAUCAAUAAAAGCUGGUGUUGAUGUUGAGAUGCCCGGGCCGUCCAAAUGGCGCAAGAUCGACCAAGUGAAGGAAUGUCUGGAGAAGGGUGAGCUAACCCGUGGCGAUAUUGAAGAAUCCGCCGCCAGAGUACUCUAUCUUGUCGAUCGUGUCAAGGGACUGAACAACAUGACACCAGAGGAGCCGGAGCAGUCGAUCGACAACGUGGAGACGCGGAACCUGAUUCUCCAGGCUGGUAUCGAAGGAUUGACGCUCCUGAAGAACGAGAAGAACGUACUCCCCAUCAAGAACGUGAAGAAGAUUGCUAUGAUUGGGCCAAACGUCAAGCGAGCCAUUGCCAGUGGAGGAGGGAGCGCAGGCCUAAACCCUUACUACAACGUCACACCUUGGCAAGGUCUCCAAAAUCGAUUCGACGGCGAGAUUACAUUUGCCCAAGGCUGCGAUAGCUCGAAAUGGCUACCGCUUGCUUCACCAUACUGCCAGUCCAAUGGUGAGACCGGUGUUCGGUUAGAAUACUACAAGGGCGACAGGUUCAAGGGUGAGCCGGCGGUCGUUCAACACAAGGUCAGCACAGAUCUAUGGCUGUGGGAUUCGGCGCCAAUGGAACUGCUUCCAGACUUCUCCUUCAAAGUCAAGACCACACUCACACCGAAGACAACCGGAAACCACAGCUUCAGCUUUGCGUCCGUCGGGCCAGGGCGCAUGUACAUCAACGGCGACAUUUUCAUCGACAACUGGGACUGGAUACAGGAGGGUGAGGCUAUGUUCUCUGCUUCAGAAGACGUACUCAAGUCGAUUCAUCUCGAAGAGGGCAAACCUGUGGAGAUACUGAUUGAGAGCACCAACGAAGUGCGGCCCGCGUCCAAGGUUUCUGUCAUAGGCCGUCGUCACGACUACGGUGGCUGCCGAAUCGGCUACCAAGAAGAGGACAAGAUCGAUCGUCUACAAGAAGCGGCGGAUGCUGCACGUGAUGCAGAUGUGGCUGUGGUGGUGGUCGGACUGGACGCCGAAUGGGAGUCGGAAGGAUACGACAGGCAAACGAUGGAUCUUCCGAAGAACGGCUCGCAGGAUCGUCUGAUCGAAGCUGUUCUAGCCGCCAACCCACGCACCGUCAUCGUCAACCAAUCUGGAACACCGAUCACCAUGCCGUGGGUACAGAAAGCACCAGCUAUUCUCCAAGCAUGGUACCAAGGCCAGGAAGCAGGAAAUGCGCUUGCUGAUGUGCUGCUCGGAAACAGCAGUCCCAGUGGGAAAUUACCAACAACUUUCCCUGUCCGGAUCGAAGACAACCCAGCGUACCACAACUGGCCUGGCGAGAACCUGAAGACCGUGUACGGCGAGGGCAUCUACGUGGGCUACAGGCAUUAUGAGCGCUCAAAGAUUGCACCGCUGUUUGCGUUCGGUCACGGUCUCACAUACACCACCUUCGAAUACGGAACACCGAGUGCUAGCAGCACGGUACUCUCCGAGGAUGGGAAGAUUACCAUCACCGUGCCAGUCACAAACACGGGUUCAUUUGCGGCGCACGAAAUUGUGCAAGCAUACGUCAAAGACGUCAAAUCGACGCUUCCUCGCCCCGAGAAGGAACUCCAGGCUUUCGGCAAAGUCUUCUUGCAGCCUGGUGAGACGAAGGAUGUAGUGUUGACACUGGACAAGUACUCCGUGGGAUACUUCGACACAAGUCUUGGUCAGACAGGUGCCUGGAUUGCAGAGGAGGGCGCGUUUGAGGUGUUGAUUGGUGCUAGCAGCGCUGAUAUCAGGUCAAGAGUCGGCUUUGAGGUUACUGAGAGUUUCCAGUGGAUCUUCUAA